ACUAAUUAGCGGCAGCAGUGCAGCCUGCACCCUUGCCUUAUUCAUAUUCUUAGACCCAACACUACUUUCUGCACAGAACAGAGCAAAUUGUCAGUUACUAUUGUGAAAAUGCCUCAUCUAUGGCCCAAAUUUCUCGUCAUAUUCUGCUUUUCAUUCAUCUUCCCAUAUCCAAUCUCUUCCCUGCAAUCCGCCGUCAAUGUCUGGCCGAAACCACGGACCCUUUCAUGGCCCAAACCCUUAGCCACGCUGCUCUCUCCCAGCUUCAACAUCACCUCUCCCUCCCAUCAACACCUUUCCCCUGCCGUCAACCGCUACCUCCGCCUUGUCCUCACGGAGCACCACCGUCCCCUUUUCAACCCCUCGGUCAACCUCACCUCCCCAGCUUUGGAAACUCUCUCUAUUUCCGUGGCGGAUCUCUCCGCCCUCCUCCACCAUGGUGUCAAUGAAUCGUACACUCUCUCCAUCCCCACUGGCAGCGUCACUGCCUACCUGAGGGCGGAGACUGUGUGGGGAGCGAUGAGGGGUCUCGAGACCUUCUCGCAGCUGGUGUGGGAUGAGCCUUCACGGGUUGCAGUGGGUUUAUAUGUGUGGGAUUCUCCCCUUUUUCCGCACAGAGGAGUAAUGUUGGAUACUUCUAGAAAUUUCUAUGGAGUGAAGGACAUAUUGAGGACUAUUGAAGCCAUGAGUGCUAACAAGCUCAAUGUUUUCCAUUGGCAUAUCACCGAUUCUCAGUCUUUUCCUCUGGUGGUGCCAUCGGAGCCCGAUCUCGCCGCCAAGGGAUCUUAUGGAGCAGAUAUGCAGUAUUCUCCAGCCGAUGUCGCCCGGAUUAUCCAGUUUGGUCUAGAACGUGGGGUCAGGAUUCUCCCCGAAAUAGAUUCCCCAGGGCAUACCGGAUCGUGGGCGGAAGCCUACCCAGAAAUUGUGGCAUGUGCCAACAUGUUCUGGUGGCCGGCCGGAGCCAAAUGGUCGGACCGGCUAGCCUCCGAACCAGGAACUGGCCAUCUCAACCCCUUGAACCCGAAGACCUACCAGGUGCUCAAAAACGUCAUCCGUGACGUGGUGAACCUGUUUCCGGAGCCAUUCUACCACAGCGGAGCUGAUGAGAUCGUCCCUGGAUGUUGGAAAGCUGACCCCAGCAUUCAGUCUUUCCUCUCUGACGGCGGAACCCUCAGCAAUCUCCUCGAGAUGUUUGUGAAUUCCACAUUACCUUACAUGGUUUCCUUCAAUCGCACUGUAGUCUACUGGGAGGAUGUUUUGCUAGAUGACAAUAUUAGAGUGGACUCAUCAUUUCUUCCUCGCGAGAAUACUAUUUUGCAGUCAUGGAACAAUGGCGUCAACAACACCAAACGGAUUGUUGAAGCGGGAUACCGUGCCAUUGUCUCCUCAUCGGAGUACUAUUACUUGGAUUGUGGCCAUGGUGAAUUUGUAGGGAAUGACAGUGAGUACGACCAGGGGGGUAAGAGUGUAGACGGGGGAUCAUGGUGCGGACCCUUUAAGACAUGGGAAACCAUAUACAACUAUGAUAUAACAUAUGGGUUGAGCAAGGCAGAGGCUGAACUGGUGCUUGGUGGAGAGGUGGCGUUAUGGUCGGAGCAGGCGGAUUCUGUUGUUUUGGAUUCAAGAAUUUGGCCUAGAGCUUCUGCACUGGCGGAGACACUGUGGUCGGGAAACAGGGAUGAGACAGGUAAGAAGAGGUAUGCAGAGGCAACAGAUAGGCUGAAUGAGUGGAGGCACAGAAUGGUUAGUAGAGGAAUUGGUGCUGAACCUAUUCAACCUCUCUGGUGUAUCAGGAAUCCUGGAAUGUGUAACACUGUUAAUGUUAUUUUUGCUUAGCAACAUUAGCAAAUCAGAUACAGAGAUCAUCAAAAAGAAAGAUUUAUUCAGAAUUGGAGUGAGAUGAAAGAAAUAUAACAUUGCUAG